AUGACCAAGCAAGAGCUCACAACGAACGUGGAUGCGGGUCUUGACACAGACCAGGAUGCAUCGAGCAUCGUCAAGGAGAUAUACAGGGGCACAUCGGCCGACAAGCACGACAUGGAUGUCCUUGGGGUAAAGCAAGUUCUCCGACGGAACUACCGCCUGGUCCCGAUGCUUGGCUUUUCAUCCAUCGCCGUCAUCAGUUGGGAAAUUGCGCCGAUACUGUUGGGAUACGUCUUGAUCGACGGCGGCCCGGCGGCGAUGUUUUGGGCAGCCGUAAGCUUCGCGGUGAUCCUCAACACAGCCCUAGCCAGCCGGCUUCCGGUAAUCCAGUACUUUUUGUUUGCCCUACAUUUCGGAGGUAUAUUCGCCAUUGUGCUUCCCCUCUGGUUGACGGCUGACCACGGGAAUUCUUCGGAUGUUCUGUUCGGAUUCUACGAUCGUGGGAACUGGGGAAACGAGGGCUUGUCAUCUAUGAUAGGCCUGGUUCUCUUCGCCGGCCUCCUCAAUGGAUAUGAUUGCAUUGCGCACAUGUCGGAGGAGACUAUAGAUGCCUCCCGCAUCAUCCCCAUUGCAAUCACCUGGAGCGUGAGCUAUAACGUGGUCGCGCUCUUCAUCAUCUGCACCGCGAUGAUAUUCUGUAUAGGUGACAUCGAGAGCCUCCUCACUACAAGUACCGGCCAGCCAUUCAUUCAGCUAUUUUACAACGCAACUCAAAGCUACUGCUGCGUGAUCAACGAGGUGGCUACGUCGUCCCGACAGCUUUGGUCGUUUGCUCGUGAUCGGGGCUUGCCAGGUUCGACAUGGCUCUCCCACGUGGCCCCUGGGUUGGACAUCCCCCUCCGAUCAAUUUGCCUCACCGUGUUCAUCACCGUCUUGCUAUCCCUGAUAAAUCUCGGGUCCACAGUCGCUCUGCAGGCAGCCAACUCCCUCGGCGGUGUCGCAUUUCUCUUCUCAUACGUGAUCACGCUGCUGUGCCUGAUCUGGCGACGCAUCUGGGGCGCACCGUUGCCUGCGCGGCGAUGGUCUCUGGGCAGGUAUGGUCUGGUCAUCAAUCUAGCGGCGUUGGUGUUUCUCAUCCCGACACUGUUCUUCUAUUGCUGGCCCUUGGCGCAGCCCGUGACAGCUAUCAAUCUGAACUGGAGCUCAGUUGCAUUCGCCCUUGUUCUUCUAGUUGCGUUAGUCUAUUACUUCAUCAAGGCCAGACAUGAAUACGUUGGACCGGUCAUGCGGGUGAAACGGGACUAG